AUGGCUAUCAAGGGGAUGAUUGUUGUUGCCUUUGUGGCAGCAUUGGGUGCUCGCGCUGAGCCUGAAGCUCCGCCUCCGUGCGCAAACGGCGAAGUCCGCUUCGAGGGUCGCGCGACUUUUGAGGGGAAUGAUCGUCCCGAGACCCUCUCCAAGGAAGCCGUCUUGACAAUUGAUGUUUCAGAGGAGGCGGCGUCGGGAGAGGAGCCGAAGGCGCCAAUCUACACGCAUACCGUCCCCCUUGAAAAGUACACCCCUGACUCAGAGAUCCCGUAUGCAUUCUGCGUUGACCUGCACAACCUGGAUGCGAAGAGGAUUUCACUUAAGGGGCGUAUCACGGACCCGGAGGCUGAAGCUAAGGUGGAGUGCAUCGGUGAGACUGUUGUAACUGCCGGAAGUGACAGCUACGAGGCCGAUCUUACCCUGACGAAGGUCGACGGCAGCACCAGCACCAACGAGCCUUCUGUUGCGGACUGCAACUUCGCUCAACUCGCAGAAGAUGUCACUGGCAUUGCCGUGAAGGCCACUGUUCAGAUUGGGGCCCCGAGAGCGCUGCCCAAACCAACAUAUUUGGUGGUUAGUCUCAAAGAAACUGACGCGGAGACAGGUGAACCCGAGAUAAUUUCGUUAUUUUCUGGGGACAUAAGCCCCAUAUAUGAACCAGAAAGGCCCGUACCUGCGUUCCUGUGCGCCAAAGUUCCGGCAACUGGUGACGCGCACCCUAAAUAUACAAUCGAGGCGUCUGUACACCUGGGAUGGGAUGGCUACGCAAACCCUAAUGAUGAUGAACGCACACUCAGAAAGGGAGAUCUCGUCACCAGGAGACCUAUUGAAGUUCAUAUUACCCCUGAUCAACAUGACUACUCCGUCGACAUCACUGUCAAGCCGUACAACCCGUCCGCUUGA